CAUUUUUUCACUCGACCUUCAUCUCAACCGAAAAUGGGUCGUUUGAGGCAAAAGGGCAAAGCUGGCGCAGCGAAAGCCUACGUAACUCGCUCGUCCGCGGUCAAGCGUCUUCAAUGCUCGCUGGCUGAUUUCCGACGAUUAUGUAUACUAAAAGGGAUAUUUCCUCGCGAACCUCGUAGUAAAAAACGCGCUAACAAAGGUUCCUCUGCCCCGACCACAUUCUAUUAUGCGAAGGACAUAGCCUUCCUGGCGCAUGAACCUGUUCUGAAGAAAUUGCGGGAGCACAAGGCUUUUGCCAAAAAGCUGUCUCGUGCACUUGGUAGAGGGGAAUGGAGUGACGCGAAAAGUCUGGAAGAGAAUAGGCCGGUGUAUCGGCUGGACCAUAUCAUCAAGGAAAGGUAUCCCUCAUUCAUCGAUGCUUUGAGGGACAUUGAUGAUGCCCUGUGCAUGAUUUCUUUAUUUGCAACUCUGCCCUCCAAUCCUCGCAUACCGCCGUCUCUCAUAGAAAACUGCUCUCGUUUGUCAGCUGAAUGGCAACUCUACACCAUGCGCUCUAAGUCACUACGAAAGGCCUUUUUAUCAAUAAAGGGUAUCUACUACCAGGCGGAAGUCAUGGACCAGACGGUGACCUGGUUGGUUCCGUAUCAGUUCACCCAAAAUAUUCCCACCGACGUGGAUGUACGCGUUAUGCUGACAUUCCUGGAGCUUUAUCAGACUCUUCUUGGAUUUGUCUUCUUCAAGCUUUAUACGGAUGCUGGACUCGUAUAUCCUCCGCCACUGGACAUGAAGAAAUAUGAUGGAGGCGCCGGAGUGGGUGCCUUCAGCCUCCAGGAAAUAGUUCAGAAUGGUGGUGCAUCGGCACGGCCGAGUCUCAAAGUAGUGGACGUCGAUGGUCGUAAAGUCUCAACCAAGGACGUCCGGCAAACCAUCAAGAGCAUGACUACAGGUGGUUCUGGGAUUGAAGGAGUUGAUGUGAAUAUGCCAAGUCCCGAAGGGGAGGCUCAGGAAGCUGAUGAAGACUUCAUACCUCAUGUUUCCGCUUCGGAUACACUUUCUGCGUCGUCCCUACAAACUUUGAAAUCAUUAGAGGCUCUCCCUCAGUCUUCGACACCCUCUCUUUUCGCGCCAUAUACAUUUUUCCUAUCUCGGGAGACUUCAAGACCCAUAUUUGAAUUCCUCGUACGGUCGUUUGGUGGACGAAUUGGAUGGGAGUCCUCUUGUGGAGACGGAUCGCCUUUUUCUUCCUCCGAUGAUUCCAUCACACACGUCAUCAUCGACAGGCCGGUGGUUGAACGAACAGAUGAAACGCCCGAAGAACGGCAAAGACGGCUUCGGAGAAAGUACGUACAACCUCAAUGGGUUGUCGACUGUAUUAAUGCAGGAAACAUUCUACUGGAGGAGCCGUACGCACAGGGAAAGACUCUCCCACCACAUCUCAGCCCCUUCGGAGAGUAUGAGGGUGCCUAUAAUCCUGCAGUAGGAAUUGGGGCACAGGAAGUUGCCGAGGAAGAAAGCGAAGUGGAGGAUCACAUUGAAGUCGACGAUGCCGAGGAAUCUCCGGAAGAACGGUCCGACAAACGAGCGCUGGAAGCUGUCGCGGCGGCAGCAGCUGAAGAUGGAUCUGCUUUGCGGGCUGCUGAAUUGGCUGCUGAAGUUGCGGGUGUGGAUCCAGGUGCGUUCGAUAAGGAGGUGGAGAAAUCGCGGAAAAAGAUGAAGACGACGAAUGACACCGACGAUGAAUCUGACAUGAACAAGAUGAUGAUGAGUAACCGACAGAAAAAGCUCUAUGAGAAGAUGAAGUACGGCGAACAGAAGAAGGCCCUGGAGCGGUCCACUCUGGAAACAAAAAAGAAGAGAAUAGAAAAGGAAAAGCGAAAGCAAAGUAAGCCAUGAACAGAUGUAGUAGAUGUGUUCUAGUAGUGAUUUUGUCCGGUGCUCUGUACUUUUGUAGAUUUAAAUUUACAAACCUGAG